GUGUGAUUGUUCUUUUUACCAUUGAGUUUAAAAACGACACCAAUACUACACAUACUGAUGAAAGUAUCAAUGAGGCGUUUCACGAGGCACUGCUUAAUGCCAGCGCCUUCACAAAUCUCACUCUGGAUCUCAACAGUUCCAAAAUAGGUAACGUACAAGACGAAACAACAACAAUUCUCACUACGACUGGUUCCACUACAAACUCAACCAGCACCGCCACCGAAAAUGGUGACACCACUGCUACCCCAACACAAACAGAUGACAUCGAUACUACGAUUGGCACCACUACUGUAAAAAAAGACACCACCGUAACCUCGAAUCAAUUAGAAAACACGGACACUACUAUCGUUACAACCACAGACACAGGUGACAACACCACCACACCAACUGUAUUAGCUGACACUACCCCAAUGAUCGGCACCACCACAGAAACAGGUGACACCACCACCCACACAGAAUUAGCUGACACUACCUCAAUGAUCGGCACCACCACAGAAACAGGUGACACCACCACACACACUGAAUUAGCUGACACUACCUCAAUGAUCGGCACCACCACAGAAACAGGUGACACCACAACCAACACUGAAUUAGCUGACACUACCACUACGAUCGGCACCACCACAGAAACAGGUGACACCACCUCUUCUCCAACUGAAUUAGCUGACACUACCUCCACGAUCGGCACCACCAGAGAAACAAGUGACACCACCACCCACACUGAGUUAGCUAACACUACCACUACGAUCGGCAUCACCACAGAAGCAGGUGAUACCACCUCUUCUCCAACUGAAUUAGCUGAUACUACCACUACUAUUGCCACAACCACAGAAACAGGUGACACCACCACCGCCACCCACACUGAAUUAGCUAACACUACCACUACGAUAGGCACCACCAAAGAAGUAGGUGACACCACCUCUUCUCCAACUAAAUUAGUUGGCACUACCACUACGGUCGGCACAACCACAGAAACAAGUGACACAACCACCGCCACCUACACUGAAUUAGCUAAAACUACCAUUACGAUCGGCACCACCACAGAAGUAGGUGACAACACCUCUUCUCCAACUGGAUUAGUUGACACUACCACUACGGUCGGCACAACCACAGAAACAGCCGACAGUACAACUGCCAUCCAUACUGAAUUAGGUGACACUUCAACUACGAUCGUUUCUACCUCAAAUACAGGUGACAAUACCGCAUUCCCUACCACCACAAAAACAGGUGACACCACUAUUGCCACCCAUACUGAAUUAGCUGAAACCACCACUAUGAUUGAUACCACUACAGAAACAGGUGAAACCACCACCACUAAAAUUGAAUUAGCUGACACUACCACUUACACUACGAUCGUUCCAACAACAGAAACAGGUGGCACUACCGUCGUCCCUACUGAAUUAGCUGACAUUACCACCACGAUCGGCACCACUACAAACACAGGCGACACCACCUCAAUUCCCACUGGUUUAGCUGAUCCUACCAAUACUGUCCUUACAACCACGGGCACAGGUGAUACCACUGCCACCAACAAUGAAUUAGCUAUCACCACUACUUCGAUGGGCACCACCACAAAAACAGGUGAUACCACCUCUAUUCCCACUGAAUUCGCUGACACUACCACUACGAUCAGCACCAAAGAAACAGGUGAUACCACCGCCACAUCAACUAAAUUAGCUGAUACAACAACUAAGGUUGUUUCCACUACAGAAGCAGGCGACACAACCUCAAAUACUAUUAAAUUAGCUGACAGUACCAAUACAAUCGGUACCACCACAGAAACGGGCGAUACCAUAACCUCCACCCAUACUAAAUUAGCCGACACUACAACUUCAAUCAUUUCAGCAACAGAAACAGGUGACAAUACGAUUACGCCCACUGAUUUAGUUGACACUACGAGUACGUUAGGUGACACUACCACUACAAUCGCAACCACAACUGACGCAGGUGACACUACCGCCGUCCGUACUGAAUUUGCUGACUCUACCACUACGAUCGACACCACAAUAGAAACAGGUGACACCACCGCCACCUCAAUUGAAUUAGCUGCCACUACGAGUACGAUAGUUACCACAAAAGAAACAGGUGAUCCCGCCUCUACUCCCACCGAAGUAGCUGACACUACCACUAUGAUCGGCACUACAACACAUACAGUUGAUACCACCGCUACCCACAGUGAACUAGCUGACACUACCACUACGACUGUCACCACCACUGAAACUAGUGCCACCACUACUACUACCACUGAAUUAGCUGACUCCACGAGUACGGUCGUUACCACAACAGAAACAGGUUAUACAACCGCUACGCCAACUGAAUUACCUGACAGUACAGUUACGAUCGAUACCACAUCAAAAACAGGUGACACAACCUCAGUUCCCAUUGAAUUAGUUGACACUACCACUACGACUGGCACACCUGAAACUGACACAUAUAUCCCCAUAAAAACAAGUGACACCACAACCACGAUCGAUAUCACCACCACUGAAAAAGCAAAUAUCCAAACUAUCACCCAAACACAAGACACCACAACCUUAACAUUUGACACAGCAACAACAACCCACCUUUUGAAUACUGCAACCACAACCCAAACAGGGGAUACUGCUACGACGAUGUUAACAGGUGAGACUGCCAUCACCAACCAAGCAGCAGACCCUACAACUACAACCCAAAAUGUGAACACACCAACAACAAAAUACACUUUGGAUUCUGCAACGACAAUCCAAAAAGAGAGUUCCGCCAGCACAACCCAAACAGGUGACACCGCAGCAACCACCCAAACAGGGGAUACUGCCAUCACUCAAACAGUAAAUAUUGCUACCACAACCCUAACAGAUGAAACCGCGACUACCACCAUAAUUGAUGAUACUGCAACCACAACCAAUACAGGGGACAUUCUCAGUACAGAAAAAACAAUGGACACCGCUACCUCAACUAAAACAGAAGACACUACCAUAAUAAUUCAAACAGCUGACAUGACCACCACAAACAAAAUAGUGGACGCUACCACAGCAACCCAAAUAGUGGACAAGAGCACCACAACCCAAACAGUCGACACUGCCAUCACAACACAAGCAGGGGAUACCGCCACAACAACUGAAACAGUGAACAUGGCCACCACAACCCAAUUAGAGGACAUCGCAACCACAAGCCAAACAGAGGACAUCGCAACCACAACCCAAACAGUGGACACCACAACCCAAACAGUGGACAUCGCAACCACAACCCAAACAGUGGACACCACAACCCAAACAGUGGACAUCGCAACCACAGCCCAAACAGAGGACACCACAACCACAACCCAAACAGAGGACACCACAACAACAACCCAAACAAUGGACACCGCUACCCCAACCCAAACAGUGAACACUGUUGACACCAGCGCCAUAAUCGACAGCACCGCCAGCACAGCUUAUACCGCCACCAUUACUCCAGCAGGUGACACCGUCACUACCACGGAAACACGUGACUCCUCCACAGUUACCAACACAGAAACAGACCAGAAGACUACAACAGCCCCGACAGUUACCACUUCUACAAUAAUCGGCACAAUUACUGAUUCAGCUGACACGACCUACAUCACACAGACAGCUUCGUCUGAUGAUCAAACAACAACAGGCGCAGGCCUCCAUGUGGAUACAACAACCAAACAACAUUCCACUGAAUCAUCAACUACAAUACAAUUUUCAACACCACAACAAUCCACAGAAUCUUCACCAGCAUCGUCCUCCGAGGAUCAAUCUUCCACUCUGAUGCAAACUUCAUCUAAUGUUGAUAAGACAACAAGACAACAAUCUACAGAGUCUUCAUUAACGUCUUCUGAGAAUCUAUCUACCACCCGAAUACAAACUUCCCAAAAUGUUGAUCUGACAACAACACAACAAACCACAGAAUCUCCAUCCACGUUGACUUCUGGGGAUCAGUCUAAAAGUACGGUACAGACAUCUCAUAAUGUUGAUACAAGAACAACACAACAGUCUACAGAGUCUCCAUCCACAUCGGCUUCUGGGGAUCAAUCUACCACCACAAUGCAGACAUCUCAAAAUGUUAAUAUGACAACAACACAACAAUCCACAGAGACUCCAUCCACAUUGACUUCUGGGGAUCAAUCUACCACCACAAUGCAGACAUCUCAAAAUGUUAAUAUGACAACAAUACAACAAUUAAUAGAAUCUCCAUCCACAUUGACUUCUGUGGAUCAAUCUACCAUAACAAUACAGACAUCUCAAAAUGUUGAUAUGACAACAACACAACAAUCAACAGAGUCUACAUCCACAUUGACUUCUGAGGAUCAAUCUACAAGCACAAUAAAAAAUUCUCCAAAUGUUGAUACAACAACACAACAAUCAACAGAAUCUCCAUCCACAUUGACUUCUGAGGAUCAAUCUACUACCACAAUACAGACAUCUCAAAAUGUUGAUAUGACAACAACACAACAAUCAACAGAGUCUCCAUCCACAUUGACCUCUGGGGAUCAAUCUACAAGCACAAUAAAAGCUACUCCAAAUGCUGAUACAACAACAACACAACAAUCUACAGAAUCUCCAUCCACAUUGACUUCUGAUGAUCAACCUACAACAACAAUACAGACAUCUCAAAAUGUUGAUAUGACAACAACACAACAUUCAACAGAAUCUCCAUCCACAUUAACUUCUGGGGAUCAAUCUACAAGCACAAUAAAAGCUACUCCAAAUGUUGAUACAAGAACAACACAACAAUCUACAGAAUCUCCAUCCACAUUGGAUUCUGAGGAUCAAUAUACAACAACAAUACAGACAUCUCAAAAUGUUGAUAUGACAACACCACAACAUUCAACAGAAUCUCCAUCCACAUUGAUUUCUGAGGAUCAAUCUACCACAACAAUACAGACAACUCAAAGUGUUGAUAUUACAACAACACAACAAUCCACAGAGUCUCCAUCCACAUUGCCUUCUGAGGAUCAAUCUACCACAACAAUACAGACAUCUCAAAAUGUUGAUAUGACAACAACACAACAAUCCACAGAGUCUCCAUCCACAUUGUCUUCUGAGGAUCAAUCUACCACAACAAUACCGACAGCUCAAAAUGUUGAUAUGACAACAACACAACAAUCCACAUUGUCUUCUGAGGAUCAAUCUACAAGCACGAUAAAAACUUCUCCAAAUGUUGAUACAACAACAACACAACAAUCUACAGAAUCUCAAUCCACAACCUCUUCUGGAGAUCAGUAUACAAGUACGACAAAAAGUUCUCAAAACGUUGAUAUUACAACAACACAACAACCAACAGAAUUUUCAUCAAUAUCAUCCCAUGUGACUCAAUCUACAAGUACAAUACAAACUUCUCCAAAUGUUGAUACAACAACAAAACAACAAUCAACAUUUUCUUCUGGGGAUGAAUCUACCAGAACAACACCAACCUCAUCAAAUAUUGAUACAACAUCACAACCAAUAGAAUCAACAUCAACUUUGUCGUCAGAGAAACAGUAUACAAGUACGAUUCUAACGUCAUCAAAUAUUGAUACGACAUCACAACAAUCGCCUGAAAUCCAUUCUACAAGCACAGCAAGAAUGUCUGCAAGUACUGAGACAAUAACAACUGAACAACAUACAGAGCUGUCGUCUGCUGGACAAUCUACAACAACAAUACAAAUUUCUACAAGGAGUGAUGCAACGACGCUACUACAAUCCACAGAAUCUCUAUCUUCAUUGUCAUCUGAGGUUCAAUCUACGUCCCCAAUACAAACUUCUCCAACUAUUGAUACAACAACAUCACAACAAAAACUAACAGAAAAAACAACACAACAACCGACUGAAAAUAUAUCAACAAUGUCCAUGGAGAAUCAAUCUACAACGUCAAAACAAACAUCUGAGAUCAACACAACAGAAGCACAUCAUCUCACAGAAUCUUCAUCAACGUUGCCGUCUGAGGUUCCUUCAACAUCCACGAGAGAAAUUAUUGAUUCAACAACAACACAAAAUCCAACAGAACCUUUGACAACAUUGUUGUCUGAAAAUCAAUCGACAACAAGGAUACAAAUUUCUUCAAAUAUAGAUACGACAACACAACAACCAACCGAAUCUCCAUCUACAUUGUUUUCUGAGUUUCAAUCUACAACUAUGACACAAACUUUUCCAGAUAUCGACUUGACUACAACACAACAGUCCACAGGAACUUUAUCAACAUUGUCUGAAAAUCAAUUUACAACCUCAACACAAACUUCUGCUGAGAUUGACACAACGACAGUGCAAAAAUCCACAGAAUUUCCAACAACAUUCCCUUCUUCACCUAUCGAAACAACAAAUACACAACAAACAACAGAUUCAACUCCAGUAAUAUCUUCUAUAAUAACAACAACAGAAUUACCAGCAACUCAGCAGUCGGUAGAAAUCUCAACUGCACAAACAACAAACACAUCAAAAGCUUCUACAACUGCGCAAACAACAUCGUCAUUCACAAAAGACAAUACUUUGAUUACUUCUCAGUCGUCCCUUAAUAUUGAUUCAACAACAACCGAAGCAUCCACAACAUAUUUACCAUCAACAGUGACCAACGAAAGCCCAAGAAACUCUGUUCAGAUAUCUCAAGAUACAACUACAAUACCAAUUACAUCAUCUGAAGACCAAGCUGCAACUACAACACAAACCACUACACAUAUCGAUUCGACUUCUACAGAGCAGCAAGCGGGACCUACUUCUACAUCUUUGAAAGAGGACGAGUCAACCAGUUUUAUUCCAUCAUCAUCAACUAAAGAUAUAGGUGGGUCAUCAACAGCAUUGCCUAUACCACCCUCAACAUCAACGAUUGAAACUGAAUCAACUACAAAAGAAAGUUUAAUUCAUACCUCAACAGAAAUAUUAUUAUCUUCAUCAACUCUUGCUACAUUAGGCAAUAAUGCUGACACGAUAAAAACAACGCAAACGACAAUGUCAGAAGAAGUUUCAUCAACAGACUCACUUACACACAAAACUGCAGAAACCACACCGCCCACAGAAAAUUCUACAACUCUUAUUUCACAGUCACAAAAUUCAACACCAUCUUCAGAAUCAUCAUCAACAGUAACUUCAAAUAUGAUGGGUUUACAGACAACAACAUUAUCAAAUGAAUCCCCAUCAAUGACACCCACUAGUAAAACAACUGAUUUACUAACAACUUCAGCAGAAUAUAGCUCAUCAACGACUCUUAUAGAUUCUUCCACAGAAAUACCAUCAACCAUGAUCAUGACAGAAUCAUCAUCACAAAAUGAAAUGCCAUCAACUACAGUUUCAAUGACACAAAUGAGCUCAACCGAAACAGCUGCAACAUCAGAACCUACGACGUCAAACACUGCCAUUUCAAGUCAGAGAACAACGAAUAUUGUUCCGCCAUCAUCAACGCAAGAUAUCAUUGCUACGUCAGAUGUUACGUCACAGACCACUAACACUUCUACAACAGCAUUACUAUCAACAAUCAAAUCUACCAGUACCACCCCCUCUACUACAACCAGUACAUUACCUACCACGACGAUCGGCAGUAUUCUGUCAACCAUGGUUGGUAACAUUUUGACAACCACGAGUAACGCUGGAAAGUUAACAACUUUAGGAGUGUUGUCGACCACAACAACAACAGCAUCUGCCGUAAUUCCGGAUGAGGAAGUAUCAGGUGUAAUCAAGAUUGAAGAAGAGUUUGACCAAUCUUUACUUGAUCCAACCUCCGAUGCGUUUAAAAAGAAAGUUGCUGAGAUAUUACAACUGCUGGAGAAAUUAUUUUCAAUUGCUGGAAUGUCUGAUCAGAUUGGAAACAUCAAAAUAGAAGGAUUUGUAGAAGGCAGUUUAAUUGUUAUGUUCAAGGUAGCAAUUAUGGGAGAAUAUAAUGUCACAAAGUUGAAAGUGGAACUUAACACAGCUUAUUAUCAACAUCGGGCAGAAUUGCAGUACAACUUAAAGGAAGAAUUCACACAAUUCUCAGAGAAUGGGACGAUAAUAGGACCGGUUAUCAACAACUGUGUAGGUAUCUCUUGCCCACAAAACACUUUUUGUAAGAGCCGUGAAGACCAUUAUGAAUGCCUCUGUAAGGAAGGCUACGUUCUCGACAAUAGCGAAUGCCAAGAUGUCAACGAAUGCCUAGGAUAUCCUUGUUCAAAUCAUUUCAUCUGUGAAAACACUAUUGGGAGUUACAAUUGUUUUUGCGAAGAGGGAUUUACCCUUGUAGGAGACAGUUGUCAAGAUAUUGAUGAAUGCAAAGUCCAUGAGAUUUGUCCUCCACAUUCAACCUGCAUUAAUUUUGAAGGAAGUUAUAUUUGUGCUUGCAAUGAUGGUUUCGCCAAGAAUGAUACCAUAUGUUCAGAUGUGAAUGAAUGUGAAAAUAACGUUUGUCCAGAACACUCGGACUGCCGAAACAUGGAAGGAAGUUAUACAUGCGACUGUCAGCGAGGUUUUCAAAGCAGUGGUGGAGUAUGCAUUGAUGUAAACGAAUGUUUAUCCAGUGUGUGCCCUGAAAAUUCUCAUUGUGAAAACACUCUUGGAAGUUACAUCUGUUCUUGUCAGCCUGGUUUUAUCAAAAAUGCAACGCAGUGUCAGGAUAUCGAUGAAUGUUCGUCCAUGUCCAAUCCUUGUAUGGAAAACAGCGUCUGUAGUAAUACCAAAGGCAGCUAUGUUUGUACUUGCAAACCUGGAUAUCUUGAUAUUGGCCAUUCUUGUAAAGACAUCAAUGAGUGCAAUCUUGGAAUAUGUCCACCAUAUUCGAUAUGUAAUAACACAGAAGGAAGUUAUAUAUGUUUUUGUAUAGAUGGAUACCAGAUGGAUAAUAAAACGUGCAUUGAUGUAAAUGAAUGCGACAGUAACGUCUGUCCGGCUCAUUCUGUAUGUGGCAACACCGCUGGAAGUUACACGUGUGCAUGUGAUCCAGGAUACAAAAUGUCGAACGGAGUUUGUCAAGAUAUUGACGAAUGUACCAGUGGUCUCAAUGUAUGUCCAACGGUGUCGACUUGUAUCAACACUGAUGGUUCAUAUUACUGUAAAUGCAAUGAAGGAUACUUCCAGUCUAACUCUUAUUCAUGUUCAGAGAGCAGUGUUUAUGGCAUCGACCUGCGUGUACAGAAAAUAAAUGGAAGUGACGCAACAUAUUCUGUUGAAUUAAAUGAUUCCAGCUCAUCGGAGUUCCAAACGUUAGCAUCUCACCUCAAACAAAUAACUCAAGUAGUAGUAAUGGAUUCGUCAAUAAGCGAGGGGUUUCUUGGAUCUACGUUUCACAAAUUUGAACCAGGUAGCAUUGUGUCGUCUGGCAAUUUGUUUUACGAACCGGAGGUGACGCUCUCAUCUGAUGAUGCAGAUAUAUUUUCUUAUAACUCCACUUCAGCAUAUAUGGAGAAUUCAAUUCAAAUAUCUGAACUCAAUCUCACCGAUGUAAAUGAAUGUCUUGACGAACAUUGGAAUGAUUGCUCACCGUAUGCUAAUUGCACAAAUGUACCAGGAAAAUACAAUUGCACAUGUUUUCCGGGUUAUUUGGAUAUCUCAGAAGACCCAUUAAAACCUGGCAGGCUCUGUGCUGCAAUCAGUGAUCAACAUAAAGACACAAUACAAGGACUGUCUGUAGAAACCAACAACACCCAUUACCUUGUGUCAGAAAAUGCCUAUUUCACAAUCCGCUUAUCACGUGGCUCACACGUGACAUUUAAUAUUUCAUACGGGGACGGAUCAACCGAGCAAAUUGUUUACACCAAUGUCUUGACUUUUCUCUCAGUUACUGUAUUCAGUCACAAGUAUACAGCGAGAGGAACAUAUAACGUGUCUGUGUGGGCUGUGAACGAAAUCAGUAAAGAGACGGCAACAGUUAUCGUUGACGUUGUCAAUGAUAUAAAAAAUUUGAAUCUGACCUACACAUCUACAGAUUUGUCUUACGAUGGACAGAAAAGAUUUGAACUCAGGACACAAGAGACACUAAAAAAUGUCAAAAUAUCUUGGGACUUUGGAAAUGGAUUUGAACAACCAACGCUGAUGUCUUUGUUUUCAUCUUCAGUACCACUGACUGUUGAUCAUUACUAUAAUGUCGGUAAUAAAUUAGUCAGAGUUAAUGUGUCGAACGAAAGAACCUUCCAAGUGAUAGAGAAGACAUUUUAUAUCGAAGAAAAACUGUCAGGUUUGGAAAUUGAUUGUAGUUCAAAUGUUACCGAGCCUCUAAAAACUUUGUAUUUGUUUGUACGUUUCCAGGAAGGUUCCAAUGUGACUUUAUUUAUAAGUUUUGGUGAUGGAAAUAAAUUACAAUCUGCGUUGCAAAAUUACAGACGAAACUCAUAUUCGAAUUAUUAUCCAACCGUUUUCUCAAACAGUGGAGUGUAUAAUAUCUCAGUGCGAGUCUUCAACACAUAUUCCGAAAUGACAGCAUCACUGACAAUUUACGUUGAAACCCCAAUCAGGGACCUUAUUUUGUCGACCGGAAGUGUUGUUGAUUUGCCAGAAGGCAAAUUUAAAUUGUUGUUAUCGUUUACGGGAAAUGGAUUGGAGCCGUGUUGCAUGACAUGCAAGACAUACAUAAAGGGGUUUUAUCAGCAAUCAGACAUGAUAACUCUUAUCAAGAAAACCAGCCCCGUAGAAAUUCAUACUGUCUGGCGAAAUGAAAGCGAUGUCGGUUUGGCAGAUAUCGAAGUUUUGUGUAUGAACAGGUUAGGUAAUCAAACCUUUACAACUUGGACGACUUUUCAAAGAAAAAUUGAGAAUGUUUCAUUAGAAGUAAGUCAAACAUCUAUUGUUGUUGGUGGCGCUAUUACUGUUACCUUUAAUAUCGGAGUUGGAUCACACAUUGAAUAUCAAUAUGAUUUAGGAAACGGUGUGAAGGAUAUUGUUAAAAUUUCAAAUAACCUAGUUAAGAACCACGAAGUUAGUGUUGAUAAUUACUACCAGCUAAUGGGAGUAUAUAAAGUUAAUCUAAAUGUUAGCAAUCAAGUCUCGACGGUUAUCAAAACACUUGAAGUCAAAGUCCUGGAAGAAAUUAAGGGUUUAAAAUUAUCAAAAUACUAUAUGACUUCUGAUAGUAAGGAAACUAUACAUAAAGGAUAUGGAUCAAAUAGUGACAUAUUCCCAAUAGAACGCCCGGUAAUUUUCGACUCCUCUGUCAGCAGUGGAAAUGAAAUCGUGUACAUUUGGAAGUUUGGGCUUGAAAAUGCGUAUGUCACUAAAGAUGCAAAAGUAACAUACAAAUUUAAAAAUAUUGGGACCCAACUGAUUUCUGUUAAUGCAAGCAAUGGAAUAUUCUUUGCAUACAAAGACUUUAAUAUAACUCUGCAGGAAAUUGUUAAUCCAUAUUCUUUAAGUAACGAUGGGCCAAAAAAGGCUUAUGAAGUCAUGACGUUUCUAUUGAAGUUGUCAAACCCCGGAACAAAACCAUGCUACGUCUGGCAGAUGGGUGAUUCCCAACCUCGCACUAUUUACGGUGAUACCUUUUGUGAAGAAAAGGCAAAGCUCAAUGCGUAUGUGUACAAGCCGUGGAAUGUUUCUAACGAAAUUCGUCAUCAGCAUAUGUACAGAUCAAAUGGAACACACAAUGUAAAUGUUUUCGGAUUUAAUUUGGUGUCCACCCAACAUAUAUACGACAUUGGUGUUAUAACGGGCGCAAAUUGUUUUUAUCCAAAUGUUCAUAUAAUUGGAGGAGGGCAACGGAUAGACGAACCCGUAAAUAGGUUUAGAUCAGAAUGGAUAAAUUUAGAAAGUUCUGCAGAAAUCAACUGCCCAGCGUCCAAAGGUCCCGAAUAUCAUUGGAAAUUCUUUAAAAUUACGGAAGGAAACACCUAUCUGGACAGAGUCUUCAGUCCAUACAAUAUAAGUACCAAUGCAACCGAUCACUUUAAAAUCUUAUUCGAACCAAACACAUUUCAACCAGGGCUGUAUAGCAUUAGUUUAAAUGUUUCAAUGAAAGAUAUUCCUGGAAUGUUUUCCGAGCAUUAUACGUAUCUUAAUAUCACAAAAACUCCAUUGGUUGUGAGAAUUUCUGGUGGGACUGCAAGAAACAUUGGAUAUGACUCCAAAUUGAUUUUAGACGCACAUCAGAUGACCAAAGAUCCAGACUCUGAUAAAACAUCUAAUUUUACAUUCGAAUGGAGAUGUCGACAGGAAAAUGAGGUUUAUCCUCCAACGUUAAACUACAUAACCCUGCCAACUUUAGACGAGGCCUUAAAUCAAACGAGACGUGAUGGUUGUUUUGGCACAGGUAUAGGAAAACUUCCAACUUCAUCGGGAUCUUUUGAGAUAUCUACACUGCUUCUUGAACCACAUUCAAUAAAUGUAUUCGAAGUUUAUGUAAGGAAGGACACUAGAGAAGGGUUAUUUCAACAAACUGUUGAGGUCAUUGACGGUGAUCCGCCAUUGAUUCAGAUUGUAUGCGUGGAAAACUGUAACUCUAAAAUGAAUCCAUCAAGCUCCUUCAGCGUACAAGGAAAGUGCUUGUCGUGUAAUCUCUUUGAAAAGGUGCAGUUUGAAUGGUCGCUGUUUAUAGAGGAAAUGGAUGAGUUCAAAAUUGUUCCUCAUUUUGACUCGUUUUUAGUUACAGACACAACAUCAUCCGUUCUUGUGUUUGAAUCUUCCACUUUGACUGGUGGGAAAACAUAUCGAUUAAGGCUGGCUGCAAAUAUUUAUGGUUACUCUGGCAGUUUUACGGAAUACGAAUUCAUUACCAAUCUUCCCCCAUAUGGAGGAACAUGUGGUAUAAAUCCAAGUUCAGGAUAUGCUCUAGAAACUGAGUUUGUUAUAAGCUGUAAUGAUUGGGUAAAUCCUGGGGAAGAGGAAACCAAAGGAGCUGGUUUACUCUAUAGAUUCUGGUCCAAGCUUCGAGGUCGCCAGGAUACGCAGCUUUUGUACUAUGGCACGGAUCCUUACACCCCUGAUACUACGUUUCCGUUAGGACCGGAAGAGAGUGAUUUCUUGCAUGAUGUAGUUAUCCGAAUAGCAAAUCCUAUUGGAGAGUUCGUAGAGACGUGGCUGAGUGUUAAGGUGUCAAAGCCAGUAGUAAAGAGUGACGUCAAUGAGUUAAUUACUCUCUCAUCAGGGCAAGAUAGCACUCUAAAUGGACUCCUUUCUUCUGGAAAAACACAAGAAGCCAAACAAGUCAUUGUUGCAAUUGCAUCGUUAAUUAACACAUCUCCCACAGAGAUUGGAAUUUCGAGGGCAUCCGUUAUUAAAGAUGUUGAUACUGUUCUCACAACAACAACAACAACUACUACGACUACAGUUCCGUCAGCCUCCUCGUCACUUUCCGAUUCAUCAACUUUUGCUGAAUAUGACAAUUUUACAACAUUUAUGCCAACUGUGUCGAGCACCACAAAGAAGUCAACAACAGGCAAAGUAACAACCCCAAUAACACAAUUGCCAACAACAAGAGAAUCCCUUUCCACUUACUUUGUGGGAACAACUUUGGAUCCAGCUGAAGUUGAGGCAGAAAGACUAAGAAAGGAAGAAGAAGAGAAGCAAAAAAGAAUAAAAUUACGUGAAUCGCUCCUAACUACGCUCUCUAAUGAGACAUCAUCCUUGACCUUGGAUUCUUUGCAACAGACGGCCCUUUGUUUUAGGGUUGUCACUCAUGAAUCCUCAGAGUUGUCGGAAACGUCACAAAAAUUGGCGGUGGAUGCAAUAUCGGAUGUAGCUAACUCGUUCCAGAAAAUUAUUCGUCAAUCCCAAACCGAUUCUACAGUUCAGACAUACAGUGCGGCAGAAGAUAUUCUGGCCACUUUGAGUUCCGUCAUAAUAGCGGCAACCGGAAAAGAACUGGCAGAAAUUCAGAAAAUAAAUGAGGAAGAUGGAUCAUUGGGAGAUGAAGGUAGCUCUGAUCAAGUAAGUGCAACGACAACAAUAACAACUACAACAACAACUACUGAAAAACCAUCCACAGUUAAUGGGACAACAAAACCACCAACGGCAACAAAAUCACCCGAGGAAGUUAAAGAAGAAACAAAGCAGAGAGUUCGUGCACUGGCAUCUAAAGUAUUUGAUGUCGCGGAAGUUGUGUACAAGACUAUCAUACAGGAUCGCGUCCCAGGGGAGCCACCAGUCGUUCUCGAGUCCCAACUUUUCACUAUGGUAGCUGAACGGUUGACAGUCAGUGAUGUGAACAAUACUUAUCUUGACACAACGACCGGAUCCUUUCAAAUGCCUACAAUGGAUUCUAUAUUAUCUGAAAAUACUUCUUUCGUCGACUCAAAGGUUUUGAGUUCUAAAACAAAUCCUUACGUAUGGGACUAUUCAGCAAAGUUUAUCAAUACUCCAGUCCUGACUCUUAAUCUUUACGACAACGAAGGAAAAGAAAUUGAAGUGAAAAAUCUCACAGAUACCAUUACGAUAGAUAUCAGUGUUGACUCUUCAAAACUUAAAAUAUCACAAAUAAAUUUUCCUCUAACAUCAAAAGAGACUCUUUCAUACCAUUACUUCACAGUUAGAUCGAACAUGUCCUCCGUUCACGUUGUCGUAAAACCGGAAGAUCCGGAAACUAAACUAGAGUGUUAUCUCGGCAUAGGGAGACAGCCAACAUUACAAAGUUAUGAUUCAAACUUUACAAUUCCACAUGAGUUGACGUAUGAGGUACUUGACCUUCACCUAAAAGAAGAACUGGAACAUACCAUAUUUUUGCCUCCCGAGUUUGUUCAAGAAAAGGGCAUUGGAGCAUAUUAUCUGGGAGUAAGGCCAGUGUACAAUGAGACAGAUGAAGAGGAGUAUAUCAAUUAUGACGAUUAUUACGUUGACUAUGGAAUUGUAACACCACCUGAUCUUCUAAAUUAUACCAUCAGCUUUGUAACUUCCGGUUGUUUCUAUUGGAACAUCCAUCUUGAACAAUGGGUGACAAAUGGGUGUCAGAUAAGCUACCUAUCUAAUUCCAACUACACCAGAUGCCUUUGCAAUCACUUGACAUCAUUUGGAUCCGAUUUUUUCGUUCCUCCAAAUACUAUUAACUUCAUGACAGUUUUCAACGACUUUGAAGCGAAGUUGAGAGACAACUGGGCAGUUCUUGCGGUGCUUUGUUUCAUGUAUUUAAUGUAUAUGAUAGGAUUGAUUUGGGCUCGUUUUAAAGACAAAAGAGAUGUCAUCAAGUGGGGUAUAGCACCACUGGCUGAUAAUGUUGUGAGUGACAAAUUCUUCUACCAGCUGACUGUCUGCACGGGCAUGCGUCGAGGAGCUGGAACGAAAUCCAAAAUAAGCUUUGUUUUGGCGGGUGACUCAUUCGACACAGGUGUUAGGGAGCUGAUCGACGAAAAAGGAAUAAAAACCUGCAGUCGGGGUAGCAUUAACAAUUUUGUCCUUUCUACCUCUGAAUGGUUGGGUCCAUUAACAUUCAUUAGAAUUUGGCAUGACAAUUCUGGGGAAGGAAAGUUUCAAGGAUGGUAUCUCAGCAAGGUCAUUGUCACUGAUCUCCAAACAUCUGAAGCAUACUGUUUCCUAUGUAAUCGUUGGUUGGCAGUCGAAGAGGACGAUGGAAUGAUUGACAGACUACUUCCGGUCGCAAGCAAAGAAGACAUGACCAACUUUCAGAAUCUUUUUAUGACAAAAACAAAGAAAAGCUUCACUGAUUCUCACCUAUGGAUCUCUGUGUUUAGCCGUCCUCAUCGCAGCACGUUUACACGCGUGCAAAGAUUAUCGUGCAUCUUAUCUUUGGUUAUGACAACUAUGAUGGUUAACGCUAUGUUUUAUCAAGCCGAAGACAGAGUUAAGAACAAGGAAUACAUCUCGUUUGGACCCUUUGAAUUCUCCUUGAGUGGAAUUUAUAUAAGUUUCGUCAGCAGCCUGAUAGUUUUGCCCGUCAACAUCAUAAUUGACCAGUUGUUCCGAAAAUCGAAACCCAAAGUGAACCGAAUCACCAAUGCGUUCAUGGGUAAAAAUGUUCAACCGUUAGCAGCACUUUCUCAUAUAAAGCUCCGUCCACGGUCACCACCGGAUAACACAAAACUUGAGGACUUUGUUGAGAAACCAUCAACGCGUCCUGACAGCGCGAAUAGUACUUACUCGAUGCAUUCUGAAUCUGCCCUAAUUGAAAAAAGGAAGAAAAGUAAUGAAAUAGCAAUUAUAAGUCAUCCACAGACAAAGCCGCAAAAGAAAAAGACCAAGAAAUUCAUGCUUCCACAUUCCUGUGUGUACUUGUCAUAUUCUUUAGUGUACAUAUCGGCACUUUUGUCCUCUUUCAUCACAUUCUUGUACAGUAUUGAAUGGGGAAAAGAAAAAUCUUUGAGCUGGCUAUCAUCAAUUUUGAUGUCUAUCUUCGAGUCAGUUAUAGUGAUCCAACCUUUUAAGAUUAUCAUUGUUGCUAUGCUCUUGUCGAUUAUCCUGAAGAGACCAGAUAUUGAAGAAGAAACUGAAACUAGUGAAGAUUCUCAGAUGACAAAUCAAUUAUUACCGGAUGAAGAAAUGUUGUACAAGAAUCCUGUCAAAUCUGAGAGGCCAGCGUUGAAAAUUGAACCACCAGACAAAGAAAAGUUGGCUGAGGCUAGAGAAAAACGAAUGAAAGAGAUUGCCAUGUUCGAUAUUGUUCGAGAGAUUGCGUUUUAUUUUGUGUUUGUCGCCUUGAUUGUGCUUGUUGCCAGUCACAACAGAGACAAGAAAGCAUACAGUGUCAAAGAGGCUAUUGAUAAUAUCAUCGAUAUCAAGAAAAUAAACAAUCGAAACCAUGUUCCUGACUUUUGGAAGUGGUUACUUGAAAUAUUGCUGCCACGGUUAUAUAUUUCUAAACAGUGGAACAAUAUGUCCGUGGAUGAUACUGAAAAGCGAAUGAUAGCAACCAGAGUGGCCUACCGGGUUGGUCCAGUUCGGAUUCGACAACAGCGCGUUCGACAAGAGGAAUGUAAAGCCGUUCCAAUGAUGUAUAAGUUUGUUGAAUCGUGUAGCCAAGAAUGGUCAGUGACUAUGGAAGACGAUGCAACUUACCUCGAAGGCUGGAACGCCCCAGUAGUUAAAAAUUCCACUAUGCUUAUAAACUAUCCUUGGAAGCACCGAUCACUCUUUGAUGACGCGGGACUCCCCUUUUCAGGAGAGUUUGGAGUUUAUACUGGGGGAGGAUACGUCGCUGAUUUGAUUGGGGACCGAGACAGGGCGAUGAAAAUUGCCUAUGGAUUGAUGUUGAAUAACUGGAUAAAUCAGUACACAAGAGCAAUUUUUAUCGAGUUUACCGUAUAUAACCCUUAUGUUAACAUGUUUUCUAAUGUUUUUAUUGCUUUCGAAAUGCCAACAAUGGGGAAGAUGUUGAUCAAGGAGUCUGUGAAAACAUUUCGGUUAUUUUCCUAUCUAGGUGGAUAUGGAGUAUUUGUCGUUCUUUGUGAACUUGCAACCUUAGCCAUUGUAAUUUAUUUUAUAGUAAGGGAAGUUAGAAUUAUAAGACAACAGAGGAAGAAGUAUUUCAAGUGUUUCUGGAAUUGCCUUGAGUUGUUCAACAUGAUAUGUGCAGUAGUGUCUGUUGUGAUGUAUAUUGUACGACACAUGAUAACACAACUUGCAAUGCAGUCUGUUAAAAAGCUAAGAGAUAAAUUUUACAACUUUCGAAAAGUUGCCAUGUGGGAUGAAGUCUUUGGAUAUUUUAUGGCUUUCACGAUAUUUGUAUCUAUCAUCAAGCUACUUCAUCUUUUCCGAUUCAAUAAAAGGAUGUCGAUGAUAGCAGGAACCUUGAAGUACUCCACUAAAGAGCUUUCUGCUUUUUCUGUGGUUAUAACCAUUUUGAUUGUUGCUUUUGCAUCUUGGGGAUACAUCAUGUUUGGACCGAAGAUGCCCGAAUACAGAAACAUGUUCCAGUCAUUUGAAACACUGUUGGCCUUUUCUUUGGGAGACUUUGACUAUCUGGCUUUAGAGAGAGUGAACCGUGUAUUUGGGCCAAUCUACUUCUUCACAUUUAUUCUAUGCAUCAUGAUUAUUUUGUUGAAUAUGUUUGUUACAAUCCUCAAUGAAUCGAUCGCAGCUGUCAAAUCCGAUGUUUCCAAACAAUCCAAUGAGCAUGAAAUCGUUGCAUUUAUUUGGUGCCGAUUUAAAGAUUGGGUGGGCAUUGACUUCGAUAAAAUCUUCGCGGAAGUAAAAAGGAAAUAUAUGCUUGAUGGCAAUAAUGAAUCAAAGGACAAAGGAAAGACCGAAGACAUUGAAGAAAGACUACGCGACAUCUCCAAAAGACUUGAAAAGCUUGGUAGUUGCAACUCUGCGAAGAUCCACCAUCCCCCUCCUGAUAUGAAACCAAUGGACGACACCACAAAGGAAAUAUUGUUUACGCGUUUGUUUCCGACCGUCAGACACCAGGCCAUCAGUUUUCAUUAAGCUAAGCCAUCUUAAGAGCAACGGGUUACUUUUUCCUCAAGAGAUGUUUAGAAUAAAUAUGAGGAGGAGUACUGCUUCAUGAUUAUUGCUCUAAAAAUGAUUCAGUUGUACAAUCUUUACAAGUUUAGUUUUAAGUGGUUAACUUUAAACUUUGUCUGUGAUCGCAUUUGUUGCAAAGCGAGGACUGCUUAGGUGAAUGUUAUAUGUAUAUUCGAUAAACGACUGUCAAUCAAAUAGUGAAAUGUUUUAUCAUGAGUAUUAAUUUAUGCAUGCAACUAUAGUAAUUUACAUUUAAAAAUUCAUAGCCCAAGCAGCCCCCGCCUACAUACCUCUCAAUGUUAAUGUUAUGUCAAAAAUAGCAAUUUGAUGUUUAUAUUGUAUUAAUACAUUGUAACUGUUAGAGAUGUAUAUUUUUAUGCCGAACAUCCAGUUAUGAAAGCCCAAUCGUUUAUCUGAUAUAUUCUACUGUAUUUCAACAAGUUUGCUUGUACAAAAGAAAGAAAGAAAAGCAUAUUAAAAUAUGUGUCAGCUAACUACUGAGUUGUUUUAUUCCAUUUUAAAAAAAAGAUAGUAAAGCCAUGUGAUGAAUCAAUCUCAUUUUCUUUAAACGUAAGCUGAGAUAAAUUCAUAAAUAUGCAUUGUUUCCUCUUAUACCAGACUACAUAUACAUGUAUUAUACAUGUACAUGUAUUGGUUCUUAAUUUCAAUUUUUCGACCAAUACAUAAAUACACCUGUUAAAUGACAGUGACAACACUCGGGAAGCUCAUUCAAUCACGUAUUACAUGUAUUUGUACAACACGAAAGUUUGUAUAAACCGGUUUUGAAAACAAAAAGAAUACUACCAUGCAGUGGAUUUGCAGGGAAUAUUCAUCGAGAUACCAAACAAAACAGACCGACAUCCCG